AUGUCAUCAAAAAAAAGAAAACCGCCUAAGGACGAUGCUCUGGAGCACGCUGCCAAAGGGAUGGACAAAACAAAUAUAUUGGAGGUUAAAUACAUUAAUUGUAUUAAAGGAAGAGGAAUAUUUGCAAAGAAAAAAGUACAACAAGGAGACUUCGUGGUGGAGUACAAAGGGGAGCUGAUUGACUCGGCGGAGGAGGAAAGACGCCGUAGAGUAUAUUCGCCAAGAUGUUCAGUCUUCAUGUAUAAUUUUCAGUGGCAUGAGAAGACAUGGUGCAUUGAUGCAUCACGAGAAGACCAAAGCUUUGGAAGAUUGGUCAAUGAUAACGUCCGCCCUAACUGCAAAAUGAAGAAACUUAUUCAUGAUGGCAAACCUCAUCUGUUUCUUUUUGCAUUGAGAGACAUUGAUGCUGGGGAGGAAAUAUCAUAUGAUUACGGAGGAACAGGCUGGCCAUGGAGAAAAAAGGCAAGUGGAAAAGAGGCCUCAUGA